GUUAGACUGCCAUCCUGUCAUCAACAUGCUUUGAAGGAAAUAAUUGUAACUUUUAUUAUAUGUUAUUAAAAACUGUAACAUGACUAAAGGUGGUGUACAAGUUAUCGAUAAAGAUAUAAGGAAUCAUCCUUGCUGUCCACAUGGGCCAACAAUAUUGUUUUCAAGAAAAAUUGAAGAUGAAAACAGGAGAUACUUUGCUUGUUCUGCUUGCAGAGAUAGAAAACAGUGUAAUUUUUUUCUUUGGGAAGAAGAAAAGUCGAAAAAUAAAGAAUCCUUUUGGGCAACACAGAACCAAAAAUUUGUGCAAGGUAUUAAUCACCGAAAAAUGUUUCUAAAUCUUAAUGAAAUAUUUUCGCUGGGUGUUUCUAAAAGAACGUUUUGUAGUACCUGUAACUUUUUUUGCAAGGAUAAUGAAAAACACUCCAGUCACACAGUUGUUAAAAGUUUAAAUGAUUUACAACUGAGACAUCCCUCUGCAGUUCUGCCAGCAUUAGAUGAUUCCAAACGGGAAGCACAGUAUCAUUUUUCAGAAACAUCAGUAACUGUUAUAAUGGAUAUAUUGAAAGAACUAGGAUAUAAGAAUGUUAUAUGCAUUGGAACUCCUAGAAUUCAUGAAUACAUUCAAAGUAAUUGUAAUGACAUGUCUAGUAUUUUGCUAGAUAUAGAUAAAAGGUUUCACAAUUUUUUUGGGCCUCUUCAAUUUUGUUGGUAUAACAUGUUCAACAAUCAUUUUUUCUUCAAAGAAGCCAAAGAUGUGUUUAAUGAUUUUCUUCAGUCAGAUGGAUCCACCAUUUGGGGAAGAACAGAGUUGAUUUCGGCAACAUUUAACAGAAUAAAUAAUCAAUAUCAGAAGCUUAACCAAACCAAAAAUACUUUGCCAAUUUUCUGGAUAUAUCCAUACUUUAUGGAACCACAAAUUUUGAAUUCACUACCAAAAUUUUCUAUGCUGGAUUAUAAAGUAGAGUAUGAGAACCAUCAAUCUUUUCAAACUAAUUCCGGAGGAAGAAAACAAGGGUCACCAAUCAGAAUUUUUACUAAUGUCAAACCCAGUUUGAUAAAAUUACCUUCUUCAGACUAUAAACAUUGUGAAAUAUGUAAAAGAUGGGUUGCAAAUGAAAAUAAACAUUGUGCUGCAUGUAACUCUUGUACAUCAAAAAAUGGUGUUACCUAUGUUCACUGUGAAGAGUGUAAUAGAUGUGUGAAACCUACAUGGAAACAUUGCCAAAAAUGUGGCAGGUGUGCCCAAGUUGUACAUAGUUGUGUAAAAAUUAAGUUUUUUAAGGAAUGUUUUCAAUGUAAGAAGUCGGGUCAUAAGAAAGUUGAUUGUCCAUUGCUCAAUCCAACACAAAGCCAGAAGAGGAAAAAAUCAGCUGAAGCAAAUCGCAAAAAGAAAAAAAAGUGAUAAUAAUCUGUUAUUUUUAAUAAUUUGGUUUGUAAUAAAUUUUGAAUAAGAA